CAACGCGCUUGCGCGCAACGUCACCGUCUUUUUCCAGACGCAGCUGACGAUGUAAACAAGAGAAAACAUCCGAGGGCAGCGGGGCUUACACAGGCCGGGUUUCACGCAAAUGAUAGCCAUUAAGCACCCAUAGAAGGCGGACAUGGGUCUCCCUGUUACUAUUAAAGUCAAUUUCCGGGGGAACGUGAAGAGGUUUCUGGCUCAGGAUAUGGAUAAAUUGGAGUGGGAAGCCGUUGAAGUCUGGAUCAAAGCAUCAUUUGGGAUCAACCACUUUCAAGUGAAGUACUUUGAUGAAGACAAUGAAGAGAUUUGCAUUAACAGUCAAGAUGAAUAUGAAGAAGCCAUUAAGAGUGCAGAGAAGCAGGGAAACCAGUUGCAUAUGAAUGUGUACAAGAUGAAAGGGCAGGCCUGCGGGGGCCCGCUGAAGACCGAGGUGAAGGAGCUGAAAGGAGACCUUCGACCCGCUCCUCCUUACCCCUCGAGAGUUAAAACAGUGGACAAAGGCACGCAGGUCACCCCGGAGCGAGAAGCUGUAGCAGUAAAAGACAACAAGGGGAACAAACCAGAAGACGAGCCCCCUCCCAUGUGGUUCAGAUCAUACAUGGAGAAGUUUAAAGAUGAGGUGGUGAAGGAGGUAGUGGAAAGGAUGUGCAGCGACUUUUCUGUCCAGUGUUGUACCCACAAGUCUCCUGAAGGGCCCCAUGAGACCAGUGGGGCUAUUGGCGGUAUUAUGGGACCCAAACCAGGCCCCUCCACCUCGAAUGGAUCCCUUGGCUACACCCCAAACUGCAGCAGCUGCAACAAACUCACCUCUGAAGGAGCCUACAAAUGCAGCGUGUGCCCAUCCUGCAUCCUGUGUGAGAUGUGCAGACAUAGCCAUGACCCUAGCCACAACCUCGUGAGAACCAAGACACCUCUCUCCAUCCCUGAACAUGGAAUGUCAGGAGAGUUAAGGUUCCCAAGGCGAGGAGACAGGACAGUGCGCAAGGCCGAGCGACAGCGCCUCAAAGCAGAAAGAAGGCAGCUAAGAGCCGAAGUGAAGGAAAUCAAGAAGAAACUGAGACUGGAGAAGAGGGGGCUGCAGUGGAGUGGGCCCUCUACCUCAGGAAGAGCCACCCUGACAAACAUGGCCUCCACAUCCACCCAGGUCCCUGCUCUGUCCCCUCCUGCUGCCUCAGACACAGCCUCAGGUCCAGCCCCAGUCCAAGGUCCCAACCCUGCCCUGGUCCCUGAACCCCAGGCCUCCAGUCCAGAGGGUCCCGGGGUCUCGCACACGUCCUUGGUGCCCACAAUGGCUGCCUUGUUUCUGGAUGAAAAUCUGCCUGACGGCACCAAUCUGGAGCCUGGUACCAAGUUCAUCAAAUACUGGAAGAUGAAGAACACGGGCUCUAUCUGCUGGACCUCAGAGACUAAGCUAGUGUUCAUGUGGGGAAACCUCAGCUUGGCAUCAGAGGAGAAGAGGGAGGUGCCGGUGCCCUUGCUGCCUCCCGGACAUGUGGGAAUGGUCAGUGUGGCCUUAGUUGCUCCUGUGACAGAGGGGACGUACACCUCCCACUGGCGCCUGGCGCACUGUGGGUCUCAGUUUGGCCCGCGUGUCUGGUGCAGCAUCGUGGUCAAGCAAAGAGACAAAUACAUCGGAUUCAGGCAUCAGAGAAAACGACUGAAGAAAGAUUUAAAGCCUGUGAAGAAAGAGGUGAAGCCGGAGGAGAAGGAGGUGCGGUCCAAGGGUGGCUUCUUGGCAGGCCUCUUCCCUGAAGACUACUACUUCCCACCAGUGGACUUCAUGACUGCACAGGAUCUGCUGUCAUUUGAGUUGCUGGAUUUAAAUUUCACGGACGACCUUGAAAAGGUUCCUCACAACACCCCUGAAGAUCUGACGCCGUGCAUAUCCCCCCUCCCCUACUGCACCGUCAUGAUAGACAAGGCCAGCCCAUCUCCCAAAAAAGAGGACACAGAGGUCUCAGCAGUUCGAAAACUUUUUGGCCGGAAGCUGAGGAAUCUGACGGAAGUGUUUAGGCCUGUGCUCCAGGAGGAGGAGAGGGACGAGGAGAUCAGUGGAGCCCAGUUCCUCUGUGAGACGGUCAUGCGCUCCCUCACUUUGGAAGAAGCCCCCGACCACAGACCCCCACGCAGGCCGCAGCACUGCUGCCACCCACCAAAGGCAGUUUCCCCGGAUCCGAGCUUUGAGAGAACAGAUGAGUCUGAGGAGACGGACGAGGUGCACGAAGGAAAUGAGACCUGUGCCAUUAGACUUGAGACUUCAUCUCCACCUGCAAACACAGGUCUCAGCUGGAUCGCCCAGAAAGAGGAGACAAGACCAAUUUCUCCACUGGAACCAGAGAAUAAAAACCUGCAUAUCAGCUCACUUCAUUACAGCGAGGACAAAGAAUUUGUGGUUUCUGAUCCUACGCAGAACAUGACGGAUGAUCGAGAAGAGAAAGAGGAGGGUAGAAGCAAAAGAGAAGACUGGGAUGAGGUCAGCAGCCAGACCUCCUCGGUCUCCUCUGACGAUUACAUCGUCAUCCUCCCAGACUGCUUUGACACCAGCCGGCCUCUGGGGGAGUCCAUGUACAUCUCCGCCAUGUCGCAGCCUGGCACUACUGCUGCUGCUGUCAGCGCAGCCGAACCAGACGUAGGCCAGGAGGAAGAGCAGGGUUUCGACAUGGAGCUGGGCAGGGAUGCACCGCAGAGAGAGAGGCAGGAGCUGACAGAGGUGGUCGCUGCCGAGGAUUCACUGGCAAACACCGGGCCGCCACCCGUCGCUCAAACCAGCAGCAUGAACCAGAUGCUGAGUGCCUCCCAAACUGUGGACGCUGUGGUGAUCACCCCUGAAGUGGUGCCAUUCCCUGACCCCCUGCUACCCCCACCAGCCCUCUACUCACCCAGGUCUGAGGCACUGUACCUGGCUGAGGAUCCCAGUCCUUCAGCCUGUGAACCAAAUGAGCCACACCAACCACGGGUCCACCUCAAUAUAUCAUCUGGUCUGUCAAGAUCAGCAGGCUCAGGAGCCAGUGCCUUUGAGACAUACAAUCCCAGACCCAGCCACGCUCUGCAGCCAAGGGACCAAGGAGGAAUCACGGAGGGACUUGUUAAGGGGGCCCUUUCUGUGGCAGCGUCUGCUUAUAAGGCUCUCUUCACCGGACCGAGCUGCUCAGUAGAGCGAGGCAUUGACCCAGCCACCAGACAAGGCCCUUCCAAGAUGGACACGCUGUUGGAGAUGGGUUUCAGAGACCAGCGGCUGAACCGGCGGCUGCUGAAGAAGCACCUCUACAGCCUGGAGCACACUGUCGAUGAGCUGGUGCAGUUGGCUGAAAACCGACGCAACAGAGAUAAUGUGAUUCUGGAGUGAGGGAGAGAAAGAUGAGAAAAGGCAGCCUAAAGGCUGACUUUAAAACACAGUGUAAAGAGAAUAACUGGAAUAAAUUCCAAACAGAUAGGAAAAUGCAUUAUUUUUUUCUAAUUCAUGCAAUUGGUUGAGGGUGGACAGAUCAUCUGGAUCAAUAAGAAAAUUUAAAAAACUAAAACAAGAGCCUUUAUUUCUUAAUCAUGGGAAAUAAAUGAACAUUCAUUAGUGGCUUCGCCUGCCUUUGCCUUUAAUUUAGCUUUACCAUUUUGAUGCAGUUAACAGCAGAUGCACACUUAGAAAUUACGAUGAUAGCGGCUAACCUUUGCCAUGCCUACCCGGGCCAUAGAACCGUAUGGUGCUGGUCAAAAAGGAGCAGGACAAAAGUGUGUAUUCCAGCUCUUCAUCUUGGUGUUCGUGUGGCUGUAGCAGCUGCUUCCUCAGUGCUGAGAAAUAAGUGUUUUGGCUGGAGUCUAAUGGAGCACAAAGCUGUGAAAAUGAAAACUGCUGAAUGUCUGAAAAUGUUCUUAAAAGCCAGCGCUCGUGUACGACGAUGCUGUAAAGCUACGUGGAUACUCUGCGGGUCAAGGGUCAAAGUGCAGUAAUAAGAACAACAAAUAUUUAAGAUGUUUCUUGAUUAUUGUAGUGAAAUCUGCCUAACAAUGCAAUCUUUUUCUGUAUCAGAGUACUGUUAUUUUAGAUGUUGACAUGUGGAAUGUACACAAAACUGUCCGAACAGGUCGCUGCUCGGAUGCAGAUGUUUUUGUUUUUAUACUGCUCUUUAUUAGGAGACACCUGCAUGACAGGUAGAGGCUUUUAGAGACGAGUUGUGUUUUUCGUGGUUUUAGCACAGUUAGAAUGGAAAAUGUCCACUUUGCAUCAUCAUUCCUGCCUGCCUGCAUUUCUGCUCGUUUAACCACCAACUGCAACCUAGAAAAUGUCUUCAAACACUAACUCGAGCCGAAGCGUCUCUAACAGCACAUUCCUCAGUCUCAUAAUACAACCAAGUCUGUUUUUAUCAUUACAUUUCCACAAUCAUUUGUUUACUGAAAGACAGUUAACUGACAGUGUGAUGGGUGUGUGUGUGUGUGUGUGCGUGUGUGUGUGUCAGGUUUUAAGUUGCUGUACACCUCUUUGACUUUGAUUUUUGUGUGUUUGGGGUUUCCUCAAUCAGUAUUUUCUUAUGCGUACGAUUGUUCAUAUUUCAAAGAUCAGUGCUCUAGAGAAUAAUUCUGAAUAUAUCUACAAUCUCAAAUUAUUCUGCUACAAUAUAUACAUUAAAUAAUGUUCUGUCAAUCUGCCAAUAAACUAUUUGCACAUC